AUGAGGCUGUUGGAGGUAUUUCUGCUAGCAUCGGUGGCAUUUUUUGGGUCCGUGAACGCUGAGGUCCCGCUGGUGCUGCUCCAAAGUUUGUCCAGAGAUUUCGUGACGUUUCUGGGACAGCAAGGCGGUAGCUGGAAUUUGACGGAUUCUACGUUUCGAUCCCAGGAUUUGACCUGUUUGAAUCAGCUCAAUCAUUUUGCCGAAAGUUUGACCAAUGUAGAACCAUGGGCAGUUCAGAUGUACGACUCAUGGGGAAAGGUCCCUUCGGGAUUGCUGUUCGGGAAUACUUACGAGUUUGGAAACUUCGAUCAGUGUCGAAGGAUUGAGCAUACGAACUACUUUGGAUCGAUCGAUGGACAACAUUGUACUCUCAUAGUGGACGUAAGAGCUUUACAGCUUCCGAUACCUCCGAUUUGGUACGGGAUUUGCAUACCUGGCUCCUGUAGACCUCAGCUUCUACGUCAACUUUCGAACACGUUCUUCCUUACCCGCAAUAUGGGUGUGUUAAACGAUCUGGACGCGUUUUGCUACCGGAAUGAGGAGAAACAAUACUCCGCAACGACUAUCGCAGCUAUAGUUUUGUUUUCUUGCUACGGGGCUCUUCUCGUAGCUGCAACAAUAGCUGAUUUCGCAUUCCUUUCAAUGGAAUCAUCGGUGCCCGACUACGUGAAGCGUUUCUCGAUCUACACUAAUCUGUUGAAGAUCUUCCACACGACUCCGCGAUCUACGUCGAAAUCGGAAACCAUGGAUUGUGUGAACGGCGUUCGAGCACUGUCUAUGUCGUGGAUCAUUGUGAACCACAUUCACGAUACGGCUCUUGGAAUUCCCGCUUUCAAUCCUAUUCCACGAAUGGAAUAUAGGAAUAGCUAUUUCGGGAUAUUGUUCCAUAGACUUGGAGGUAAAGCCGUGGAUAUAUUCCUACUGUUGAGCGGGAUGCUGGUAGCCAUAAAGGUUCUACGAGAGCUAGACGCCACACGAAAGCUCAACGUACCUAAAAUGUGGCUUCACCGUUAUAUUCGCAUCACUCCGGCCUACGCAGCCCUAAUUUUCUUUGCUAUUGCAUUCAUUAAUGAGUUUGGUGAAGGAAUACUCUACAAGACGGUUUCAAUCGAACCUGUUGAAGCUUGCCAAAAAAGCUGGUGGGCGGCUCUGUUGUACAUCCAAAACUACUCUCACCACAAGGAGAUGUGCUUCCCCUACACCUGGUACCUGUCCGUCGAUAUGCAGCUUUACUUCCUCUCGCCUCUUAUACUGAUCCCUCUGUGGAAAUACGGCAGGAAAUUUGCACCGGUAAUCGGUCUGCUCGCGCUUCUUUCCAUAUCGUGUGUAUUUGCAACGAUGUUGGUGAACGAAUACCGUCUAACCUUAUUCCAACCGAUGGGCGACGGAUUUGCCAGAAAAACAUACCACCCAACUCACACUCGGAUGUCCGUUUGGCUGUUCGGAGUCCUUUUCGGUUACUAUCUGCACAAAACCAAAUCAUCCACAAUUCGACUUUCGAAGAGAACCCUACUAGUUGGAUGGACCUUUACUCUCGUAAUUCUCCUGCUAACCGGAUACUCUCUGAAACAAGUCUACGUCGGAGAUUACACACAGUUCUCCGGAGUCGUCGAUGCCUUCUACGAAGCGCUGCAUCGGUGCUUCUGGGCCUUCGCCGUCAUGUGGACCAUAUUCGUGUGCAUCAACGGGCAAGGAGGAGUGGUCAAUCAAUUUCUAGGAUGGAGUUUCUGGCAGCCCCUAGCGAAACUUUCCUAUUCCAUGUACCUGUUGCACAUUCUGGUCCAGCUUGCAACUGUUACUAUGACGUUGAAGCAGCCUAUCUACUUCAGCACGGUGAACAUUUUCUACACGUUCUUCGGCCUAACGGGUCUUACUGCAGUGAUGAGUACGGCUUGGUGCUUUGCCUUUGAGUAUCCGUUCUUUGGGUUGGAAAACUAUAUUUUCAGGAAGAAAUCAGCUGAAUCGGCGAAACCUAUUUUGCCUUCCAGUUAAA